GCAUUUGAAGCUUUACCGUGGAAAGGCGCAGUUUUUUUUUUUAUUUUAGAACCGCUGCCGAAAACAUUCGUACACUUGAAUUUUUAUCGGAAGGAAAGAAAUAAAGAAACAAGUCUGUAUUGAAUUUGUUUUGCCAAUAAAAUUAAGAAGGAAAGGAAGAAAAAGAGAAGAAAUUGUUGAAAGAGGAUUAUAAUAUAAAGAAUUGAAAUAAUAAUAAAAAAGGAAAACUUCAAAGGGAAGACAACUUAAUGAGUGGAAGAAUUUUUGAGAUAAUUUCCUUUGGUUGACAACAAAAAGUAUUAAACGACACGGAAAAAGAGAAACGAAACGAUUAGAGAAAGAAAGAGUUAGAGCGUAAGAAAGAAAGAUAGAAAGGAAAGAAAGGAGAGCGGGAAGGGAAAGAAGAAAGAGAGGGUGAGUGAGAGCGGGAGAGAGCGAGAGAGCGAGAGAGAGAGAGAAAGAGAGAGAGAGAGUGAGAGAGAGGGAGGGAUAGAUAGAUAGAAAAAAAGAAUCUCUUCAUGGAUAAUUCGUCCAACGAAACGAAUAGAAUUUGGAAGCAGAAUAAAAAUAAUGGGAAUAUGAAUUUAUUUAAUAAAAAACUAUGGUCGAAAAAUUCUACAUCUUCAAAAGGAAUACCGACGUUUGGAAACGAUAACGAAAGAUCUAACUGGAAAAGAGAAAACAACAUUACAGAUUUAUUUAAUAAUUUAAAAAUCAACAAUGUCGAUAGAACAUUUUUAGAAAAUGAAGAAAAACUCAGAAAAGAAAUUGAAAAAUAUGAUUCAGGCAACAAUUUCGAUUUAUCACCCAAACAAGAAACGCCUAAAGAUAUUAACACUAAUAACCGCGGAUUAACUCUUAGCUCCGGUUACGAAAUUAGCCCUUCCAAAUAUGAUAACGAAACAAUAUCUUUGUGCCGAGCCAAAAAAUGCGGAGAUGGCGCUUGUACGGUCAUUCUACACAAGAAUGAAACACUUAAGACGAUCAUUUGUAAAUGCCUCAAUGAGGACAAAGAACUUCGGAGAUCGGAAGACGGCUUUUUUGAAUGUUUCGAUAAACACGGCGUCUUUCCCUAUACUUUGGGGAAUCCAUUUCCAAGCAAAGCUCCGAUCCAUUCAACAUUCAACUUCAAAGUUUUGGCCAUCACCGUUCCAUUGACAGUCAUUCUCCUUAUUCUAAUAACAGCUUUUGUUAUUGCCCUCUUCUACAAACGGAAGCAAGGAAGAAGACGUAUGAAACUCAGUAAUUCGGUGUCGUGGAUGAAAAAAUCUGAUUCAGUAGGCCUAUUAGACCAAAUGUCAGUGGUUAGCAAGAAUCCUAAUUAUAUGAGAGAAAUGCUUGGUUUCUACUUACCGCCUCAUUUGGCUAAGAAGAAGAUUAUGGAGGAUAGACUAGAUAUAUUCAAUUGUAUUGGCGAAGGAGCUUUCGGAAGGGUUUUCAAAGGUUAUCUACGAUCGGCCGGAAGUGAUGAAAAUAUUUUAGUAGCUGUGAAAAUUCUAAAACCCGGCGUCUGUUCCGAAGCCAAAUGCGAUUUUUUGAAAGAGAUUGAUACUAUGAGCGCCUUUGAUCAUGAAAACAUCCUUAAAUUGAUCGGGAUUGUUGUUAGAGAUUCGGCAGAGACGCCUGAAAUGGUAUUUGAGUAUAUGGACUAUGGUGAUCUUGCCGAAUUGUUAAGACGAAGCGACCCAUCCGGACCAACUGCUUCUGCUGCUCCACUCGAAAUACGAACGCACGAACUUGCCGAUAUGGCUGUUCAAAUUGCUGCUGGUAUGGUCUAUCUAGUCGAUAGACACUUUGUUCAUAGAGAUUUGGCUACGAGGAAUUGCUUGGUCGGCAGGAAUCUGGUAGUAAAAAUCUCCGAUUUUGGUAUGUCACGUGACAUAUACACUUGCGAUUAUUACAAGAUUGGCGGUUCUCGAAUGCUACCUGUUAGAUGGAUGUCACCGGAAGCGAUUAAAUAUGGAAAAUUUACAACCGAAAGCGAUGUUUGGGCAUUCGGUGUUGUUCUAUGGGAAAUGUACUCUUUCGGAAUACAACCUUAUUACGGGCAUACGAACGAAGAGGUAAUGCGAUUUAUAUUGGAUGGAAUAAUGCUUCAAAAACCAAAAGAUUGUCCAUCGGCAAUCUACCAUACAAUGUUGGGUUGUUGGCGUUCCACUCCAUCCGAAAGAUCAACAUUCCAAAAAAUAAAUCAUCACCUGGUUGAAUAUUGCGAAGGACUCUCUAAAUCUCCUCUUCUUCAAACGAAUCCCAAUCAAUUCAAAUCCUCAACGACAACAAUUGAAGAAUUUUGAAUAAAGAAGACGGAGAAUAGACAAACUUGUCUUUGAUAUUUUCAAAGUGAAGAACGUUUUCUAAUUUCAGUAUUUCAGUUCUUUUUUUAUUAUCUUCUCCUUUGGCGAGGGAAGACGGGAAAGAAGGAGAAGAGUGUCUAUUUUCCUUAUGUAUACUGUAUAUGUUAUUUACCCUGUAUACAUGUCCUGCAAUGUAUUACGUAAUUUGAAAAAAGGAAAAGAGUUCUACGAAGAAUCUUCUUGCCACACAUACACACACACACCUAUAUAUAUAUAUACUGUAUAUAAAUUUAUAUAUAUACAGUAUAUACAUACAUACACAAUCAGCCAACUGGCUUUGUUUCUUCUUGGCUCGACCAAAGAGACGCUAAACUAAAACUCUAACUACAUGUAUAGACUUUAUACGUUUUAAAUAUAUAUACAUAUACAGUAUAUAUAUAUAUAU